CAGUCAUCACAUGCUCACACCCCAUAUUAGUAACAUAAGCCUAGCUUGUUAGCUAAUCUCAGUUAUAAGUAAGCUCGAUCUAUUCGCUCGUCAUGGGCUUGACUAAAUUCUUUGUUGCACUCUGUGUUGUACCGCUCCUGGCAUCCUCCUUUUGCAGCGCACAGCUUUCUGCCACCUUUUAUGCUUCGACAUGCCCUAAUCUUCAAACCAUAGUGCGUAAUGCAAUGACGGGGGCUGUCAAUGGCCAGCCUCGGCUUGCCGCCUCCAUCCUCCGCUUGUUCUUCCAUGACUGCUUUGUGAAUGGAUGCGACGGAUCUAUACUACUAGAUGACACUGCCACUUUCACGGGUGAAAAGAAUGCGAAUCCCAACAGAAAUUCAGCUAGAGGUUUUGAAGUGAUUGACACCAUUAAAACUCGGGUAGAAGCGGCUUGCAAUGCCACAGUUUCCUGCGCGGAUAUCCUUGCACUUGCAGCCCGAGAUGGAGUUGUGCUGCUAGGAGGACCAUCAUGGACAGUACCACUUGGCCGGAGAGAUGCAAGAACAGCUAGCCAGAGUGCAGCCAACAGCCAAAUCCCAUCACCCGCGUCUAGCCUUGCGACCCUAAUCUCCAUGUUUUCUGCCAAAGGCUUGAGUGCUAGUGACAUGACUGCGCUCUCUGGGGGUCACACAAUUGGCUUUGCCAGAUGCACCUCAUUUCGUAACCGCAUAUACAAUGACACCAACAUUGAUGCCAGCUUUGCCACUACUAGAAGGGCUAGUUGCCCUGCCUCUGGUGGUGAUGCCAAUUUAGCUCCACUCGAUGGCACUCAAACCAGAUUUGAUAACAAUUAUUACACCAAUCUUGUGGCCCGCCGUGGCUUGCUUCAUUCAGACCAGGAGCUCUUUAACGGAGGUUCUCAAGAUGCACUUGUCAGGACUUACAGCACAAACGGCGCUACCUUUGCUAGAGAUUUUGCUGCUGCCAUGGUGAAGAUGGGGAAUAUCAGCCCCCUUACAGGGAGGAACGGAGAGAUAAGAAGGAAUUGCAGGGUGGUGAAUUGAUUCUAUCUACGUUGUUUAAUUUUGUUGAGAUAAUUGUGUUGUGUGUUCGAAUAAUUUGUUCGCAUUAUUGAAGUGAAGAUCUCUAGCCAUGUCCAUGAUCUUGAAAUCCUCUCCCGGGCAUGGUUCUGAUCGUAAACCUCGAAAGCUUUUGUACUCAAUCCAUCAAUGAAAAUCAAGUGCUAUGUUGUACUUUAGCAUA